GAACAUUUGCUGGGAGCGGGGAGCUGCGCUGUUCUGUCGACGCUGUGUUGUAACACUUUGUUCUCGUCAAUAUAUCGACUUUAGACAGCGGCAGGGACUUUUUCCUUUUUAACCACGUGGAUGAAGGACCAGUUCAGGUUGCAUUCGGUUAACGUUUAACGAAGUUUGAGGAAGUGGAAGCGGUUUAAUUUGGAGGAAAAGGGACUUGUCGAAAUCGUCCGGAGGAUCUCUGCACAGCGUCUGGAUAAGCCAACUCAGCUUCAGGCCAUUUACUGAUGGGUACAUACUGUGGGGUGACACGCCAAGAGAGCUGCAGUUUAUUGAGACAGGACAUGAACUGUAAAAGGAUCAAGGCAAGCUAGAUAUCGACGUCUUCAUAAAACUGUUGUUUUUCGUUUUUGGAAGUACUGGGACUGAACACUUGGGCAGAAAAAAACGUGAAACGUAAAGUAAUUAAUUGAAGCACUUCUUCAAGAAAACACCUUUAAAGACAAAAGUGAUCAGGAUGAGUGCUGAAGGAUAUCAGUACAGAGCGCUGUACGACUACAAAAAGGAGAGAGAGGAAGACAUUGACCUGCAUGUGGGGGAUAUUCUGUUGGUAAGCAAAGGGGCCCUGGUGGCCCAUGGCUACACCGAUGGUCUGGAGCAGCAGCCCAAAGAGAUCGGCUGGCUUCCAGGCUUUAACGAAACCACUCAGGAGAAAGGGGACUUCCCUGGGACAUAUGUCGAGUACAUCGGGAAGAAAUGGAUCUCUCCCCCUACACCUAAGCCGAGGCCUCUCAGACCCUUACCUGUAGCUCCAGGCUCCUUCAAAGCAGAGGCAGAUUCUGACUCGGAUCAAGGCUUCUGUUUGCCGGACUUGACAGAACAGUUUUUCCUCCCAGAGACCGCUCCACCUUUGCUGUCUAAACUGCUGGAAGCUAUUGAGAGGAAAGGUCUGGAGAACCCCACUUUAUAUCGAGCAUUCACUGCUGGAGGUGGACUUGAAGUCAGACAGUAUUAUGACUGUGAUCCUCCCGCAGUAGACCUGGACCAGCUGGAACUUCCAGUUUUGUGUGAUGGUCUGCUGCAGUACCUCCAGGAUCUGCCCCAACCCAUUGUGCCCGUUGCAGUCCAUGCUCAGAUGAUCCUCACGGCCAAAGCAGAGGUGGUGAACUCUGAGGAAUGUGCCCAGCUGUUGCGUCACAUCGCCAGCUCCCCAAGCCUGCCACCCCAAUACUGGUUGACUCUCCAGUGUCUGCUGAGGCAUUUUGCACGAGUGUGUCAGAGCGGGUCCAAGAACCUGCUCAGUGCCAGAGCUCUUGGCGAGAUUUUCAGUCCUGUGUUUUUCAGACAACAGCCCACCAGCUGUGAAGCCAAUCUGGAUGUUUUUAUCAAGAUCAUUGAGGUUCUGGUGACCAGCGAGUGGACUGAGAGUCUAGCUGCUCCAGCUCUACCUCCAAAGCCACCCAAGCCCACCUCUGUGACUAACAGCAACGGCAUGAACAACAACAUGGCUCUGCAGGAUGCUGAAUGGUACUGGGGGGACAUCUCUCGGGAGGAAGUCAACGAGAAACUGAGGGAUACUGCAGACGGUACGUUUUUGGUACGAGAUGCGUCUACGAAGAUGCACGGAGACUACACUCUGACUCUGAGGAAAGGAGGAAACAAUAAGCUCAUCAAGAUAUUUCACCGAGAUGGGAAAUAUGGCUUCUCAGACCCGCUGACCUUCAGCUCUGUCGUUGAGCUCAUCAACCACUAUCGCAAUGAGUCACUGGCUCAAUACAAUCCUAAGCUAGAUGUCAAGCUGCUGUAUCCGGUUUCCAAACACCAGCAGGAUCAGGUGGUGAAAGAGGACAACAUUGAAGCUGUGGGGAGGAAGUUGUGUGAGUACCACCAACAGUACCAGGAGAAGAACAAAGAGUAUGAUCGCCUCUAUGAGGAGUACACCAGAACAUCACAGGAGAUCCAAAUGAAACGCACAGCAAUAGAAGCUUUUAAUGAAACGAUAAAGAUAUUCGAGGAGCAGUGUCAAACACAAGAGCGGUACAGCAAGGAGUACAUCGAGAAGUUCAAGAGAGAAGGAAACGACAAGGAGAUCCAGAGAAUCAUGGGAAACUACGAGAAGUUGAAGUCCAGGAUAAGUGAAAUAGUUGACAGCAAGCGUAGGCUGGAGGAAGACUUGAAGAAACAGGCAGCAGACUACAGAGAGAUCGACAAAAGGAUGAACAGCAUCAAACCUGACCUGAUCCAGCUCCGCAAGACCAGAGACCAGUACCUCAUGUGGCUGACCCAAAAGGGAGUCCGACAGAAAAAACUCAACGAGUGGCUGGGAAUCAAGAACGAGAACACAGAAGAUCAAUACUCUAUGGUGGAUGAUGAUGAUGACCUUCCUCAUCACGACGAGCGGACCUGGAGACUGGGCAACAUCAACCGAGUCCAGGCCGAGGCGCUGCUUCAGGGCAAGAGAGAUGGAACGUUCCUGGUUCGGGACAGCAGCAAAGCAGGAUGCUACGCCUGCAGCGUCGUUGUGGACGGCGAGUCGAAGCACUGCGUCAUCAACAAGACCCCCUCAGGCUACGGCUUCGCAGAACCAUAUAACCUGUACAGCUCACUGAAAGAACUAGUACUUCACUACCAGCACACGUCUUUAGUCCAGCACAAUGACUCACUAAAUGUGACGCUAGCAUACCCAGUUUACGGUCAGCAGAGACGAUGAGGACGUUUCCAUGGACACGGACGUUUAAACCCACAGGAGACGUGCUGUGGACUCCAUGAUUGGAAGUAAAGGCUCUGAUGGCUGGUUUGGACUUUAAACCAGAGGAAAAGAUAAUGAAGCCUGAAGCAUUUCAGUAACUUUGCCUGACCGCAAACCUGAGGCGAGUCUGAAUGUAAUUUCUUUUUGCUUUUUUUUUUUUUCCCGUGGAAGCACAGAAACUAUCAGGAACUGAUGAACUUCCCGAUCAGAGGACUUCUGAGGCCUUUUCCUUACGGUGCUUGUUUUUUUAUUUGUUUCAAAACUUUACCAGCCAGAAUGUCAAACUGCAGCAGAUGAGCUGUUGGAGUGGAACUGGACUCACUGGCCACAACCUUUUUGUUUUUCCUUACGUCGUCGGUGUGUUUGUGUUUUGUUCUGUCUGUCCACGUGACCAAAACUCAUCGAAUCGGACAACUGUGUGAUGUUGGAGGCCUGUGUAACACAUCUGCUUGUGUUACCUCUUCGGUAUCCGACUAUGAUCAGCUGAAAAAAUGUAGCAAAAUGGCACCUUCUUUCUGUUUUUUUUAUUUUUAAACACGUUUAUUUUUUGUUCCUUUUUGGAAAAACGACUCCUAUAGACUUGUUUUAGAAGAGUGGAGAGGAAAAAAGUCUGCAUCCUGCCUUCUUUUCGUCGAGCAUUACAGUGCACAACAAACUUGAUUUCAGCUGCGCGCAGGUGAAACAAUGAACGGACUUAUUGUUUCGUGUACAUAUGUGAAAUUGUACAAAGUCAUGAAUCAAGAGUGCACCGUACCAAAAAGGAUCACUUCCUGUCUAGUUCUCUUCUGAUCUGCUAUGCAAAUUUCUUUUCCAUUUGUAUUUCAGAACCGUUCGACUCUGUUGCAACCCACAUAUAAGCUUGUUUUAUUGCUCGAACAGUAUCUUUCUUAUGUAAAUAUCCUAGAGGAUAUUUUGUGUCAAAAUGCCAAGAAAUGGUAAAAAAUGCUUGUAAUUUUUAAAGUUAAUAUUAGAAACAUACACUUUAUUAUACAUGAACAGCUGAUGAAAGAUGGCAAGAUGAGUAUUUUAUUAGUCUUUAUUUUGCUUUCUAUCUAAUGUUCCUCUCAGGCAGAGCCUUUUGAGUAUUUGAGCUGCUUCAGUGAAGAGUACGUUUUCUCCGACAGAACAAAGCCGACGUGCAGAUUUUUGUUCAAGGACUCAGAACUGAUGGGACCGUACGACCCAUAUCACCACCAAAACAGCAGGAAAGAUUUAUUUUCUUAUAAAAAUAUCUAAUAAAUAUGUUUCCAUAUGAGAAUAUAAGAUCAAUAUGCAUUUUACACUUCAUAUUUUUUCUGUAUCAGAAAAUGUUUACAUGGAUGGAUCAGCUCAUUUCAGAAAUUGAUUUCAAAUUUCAGCGGGUGAAACGCACGUAGUCCUUUUCUAUAAGAUGCCACUUCUCCACUCGUUUCCUUUAACAGCUUUGGUUUAGCAUUAAACUAAGUGGUACACGAGCAAACCCAGUUUGACUCAGAAGCCUUAAAUUGUGUCUAAUUUGAGAAAUUCAAAAGGUUGAGAUUGUUUUGGAAAGCCCACCGUCAUCACGUCGAUGUUGCAGCUGUCACUCCUGACACUGAACUAAAUGUGGUUUCAUUUUCACCAGUGCGUCACGUUUCUUCACCUCCAUCCUUUGUUUAUUGGAGGAAUAUGCAAACGGGCGAUGUUUUUCAACUAUGGUACUGACCAGUGAGUUUAACCAAACUGCUCAUCCAAGACACAAAGAUUAGCACAUGUUUAAGAGCCGUCAUUUUUAGGGUUUUAUUGAUUUUGAUCAAAGUAAUGGAUCAUCUGUGAAAUGUGAUAUUUACCAGAAGUCUCGUUUUUAUUUACCUCACAAAAAGCUGCUGGCACAAACCUUUUUGUUUAUCGUCUUUAUUUUCUAAAGAUCACAGAUAACGUGCGAAUUUGUGCUUAAGUUUUGGGUUUUAAUUGUAUUAAAAGUGUCCCACACAUGAUUGGGUUAAAAUUGGCCAGUGUUCCCAAGUUUGGCUUCAGAUCUGUAUUGGGCUUUGUUAAAAAUGAAAUAAAACACUUCUUUUUCAAAACAAA